GUGACAGAAAGAGACAGUUUAUGGAGAGAGGCAUUGCAUUUCACCAAGAUGUCUGUGAAAUCUGUUUCAGUUCUGCUGCUGCUGCUACAGCUGAGCUGUUGCUACAGAUCUGGGAGUUGUGGGAAGGUGCUGGUGUGGCCUAUGGAAUUCAGUCACUGGAUGAAUAUGAAGACAAUCCUGGAUGAACUUGUCCAGAAGGGUCAUGAAAUCACUGUUCUGAGAUCUUCAGCUUCUGUUUUAAUUGAUCACAAGAAACAAUCUGGAAUUAAGUUUGAAACUUUUUCUACAACUUCCACUAAAGAAGAACUGGACGUCUUUUUCACAAACUGGGUCAAUAUAUUGAUAAAUGAUGUGUCAAGAGAAAAAUAUUGGGAAUAUUUUCCACUAUGGCAAAAAUUCUUUUUACAAUAUUCUGAAAUUUAUGAGAAUUUUUGCAAAGACCUAGUUUUAAACAAGAAACUCACGACAAAACUGCAAGAAUCAGGGUUUGAUGUUGUUUUUGCAGACGCCAUCGCACCCUGUGGUGAGCUGCUGGCUGAGUUUCUGAAAAUACCCCUUGUGUACAGUCUCCGCUUCACUCCUGGCUACACCUAUGAAAAAUAUAGUGGUGGACUUCUGUUUCCUCCUUCCUACGUACCUGCUAUUACAUCUGUUAUAAGUGGUCAAAUGACAUUUACAGAAAGGGUAAAAAAUAUGCUAUGGAUGCUUUAUUUCGACUUUUGGUUCCAGACAUUUAAUGUGAAGAAGUGGGAUCAAUUCUACAGUGAAGUACUAGGAAGACCUGUUAGUUUCUAUGAGCUAGUGGGGAAAGCUGAUAUUUGGCUCAUUCGAAGCUACUGGGAUUUGGAGUUUCCCCGCCCACUACUGCCAAAUUUUGAAUUUGUCGGAGGGCUCCAAUGCAAACCUGCCAAACCUCUGCCUAAGGAGAUGGAAGACUUUGUGCAGAGCUCUGGGGAAGAGGGAGUGGUGGUGUUUUCCCUGGGGUCCAUGGUCAGCAACAUGACAGAGGAAAGGACCAAUGUGAUCGCAUCAGCCCUUGCCCAGCUGCCACAAAAGGUUCUUUGGAGAUUUGAUGGAAAAGAACCAAAUACCCUAGGUCCUAAUACUAAACUCUAUAAGUGGAUGCCUCAGAAUGACCUUCUUGGUCAUCCCAAAACCAAAGCUUUUAUAACGCAUGGUGGAUCCAAUGGCAUCUACGAGGCGAUUUACCAUGGAAUCCCGAUGGUGGGGCUUCCCUUGUUCUCAGAGCAACCUGAUAACAUUGCCUACAUGGCAGCCAAGGGAGCAGCUGUUAGACUGGACUGGAAAACAAUGUCAAGUGCAGAUUUGCUCAGUGCCUUGAAGACAGUCAUUAAUGAUCCUUCCUAUAAAGAGAAUAUCAUGAAGUUAUCAAGAAUUCACCACGAUCAGCUCAUGAAGCCCUUGGAUCGAGCAGUCUUCUGGAUUGAGUAUGUGAUGCGCCACAAAGGGGCCAAGCAUCUCCGCGUUGCAGCCCACGACCUCACUUGGUAUCAGUACCACUCUCUGGAUGUAAUUGGGUUCCUGCUGGCUUGUGUGACAAUCAUUACUUACCUUGUCAUAAAAUGCUGCUUGUUUGUCUAUCAAAAGCUUGUUAUGACAGGAAAAAAGAAAAAGAGAGAUUAGAACUCUUUCAGGCAUGAGAAUAGCAGCUAUGACAGAUGAGAUCAUUCAAUUUAAUCCCAUCACUAUGGGUAAACCUGUGGCAAGAUUUUCCUUCACAUGACAAAACCUGUUCCUCCUUGAUUCAUCCAAAUAUUUUAUUAUUAUAUUAAGAACUAAAACACACAUAAUAUCAGAAAUCAUCAAAUAGUUCUGCUUUACUGCUAACAUAAAUAUAUGUGUAUAUUUGUAUAGAAAAUCCUAACAAAGUAUAAGAUUCACUUGAACUUCAGCUUGUUGACUUGAGAAGAUGGAAAAGCAUGAAGUUUUCAUAUGCAUUCACAGAAAAAUCAUCUGCCUGAAUACAAUGCAAUCAACUGGAGCAUACGUGUUCUUAUUAAAGAAAAGCAGAGCCAGAACCUUGUUACAGGUUGCAAAACAGAUAUUAUCUAGACUUCCAUGGUAUGGAAGAAAAGCUCCAGGAUAAAGUGACCUCAACUUCAGCUAAGACAAAAGUGAAUCAUUUUAAUUAGAAUUAAUAAAUAGCAUUGGGUAAUUAAGAAGCAUAAACCAAAGGUUACUGACUACUAAGCUCAUGUACAUGGCAAAGUACAGAAAAAUGAACUGAAAUAUUAAUAAAGUGGUUUAACAAGGUGA